UAUAUACACACCCCCACAUAUAAAGCUGCUUUGUUCCCCAUAACAUAAUUAAUAAUCCAAAUCCCAACAAAAUUUCCUCUGCCAUCGACGGGAACCGCAAGAUAUGGGCAAGUAUGAUCAGAUCUGGGUUGUGGCAUUGGGAUCGUUCGCUUUUCUUGUUCUGUCUUCCUUAGCCCACGACGUCGUUAUGUUGACCCAAGAAACUUUCGAACAGGAAGUCGGCCGCCGCAGAGGAGCUCUUGUUGAGUUCUAUACUCCCUGGUGUGGCCUCUGUAAAAAGUUUGCACCGGAGUAUGAAAAGCUAGGUACCAGCUUCAAGAAAGCCAAAUCUGUUGUUUUGGUUGGAAAGGUGGACUGUGAUCAACACAAGAGUUUGUGCAAAAAAUAUGAUGUUUCUAAGUACCCAACAAUUCAGUGGUUUCCCAAAGGAUCUCUGGAACCAAAAAGGUAUAAAGGGCAAAGGACUGCAGAAUCUCUAGCUGAGUUUGUGAACACAGAGGAAGGAACCAAGGUGAAGAUUACUAUAGCUCCAUCCAAGGUGGUGGUACUUACUCCCAACAAUUUUGAUGAGGUCGUCUUGGAUGAGACAAAAGACGUCUUGGUUGAGUUUUAUGCACCGUGGUGCAGACAUUGCAGAGAACUUGCCCCGGCUUAUGAGAAGGUUGCUGCAGCAUUUAAAAUGGAGGAAGAGGUGGUGAUUGCAAACCUGGAUGCUGACAAAUAUAAGGAUCUUGCGGCGAAGAAUGAUGUAAAAGCAUUUCCUACGUUGAAGUUCUUUCCAAAGAGCAAGAAAGCCGGCGAGGUGUAUGGGGGAGGAAGAGACUUGAACGACAUCGUCGCUUUCCUCAAUGACAAAUGCGGCACAAGUAGAGACCGAGAAGGACGGCUUACUUCAAAGGCUGGUAUAGUUGAAAGCUUGGACGCCUUGGUAAAGGAGUUCGCAGCUGCUAAGCAUGAAGAGAAGAAGGCCGUGUUUGCCCGAAUAGAAGAGCAAGUAGAGAAGCUUAACGGGUCUGCUUUAAGGUACGGGAAGAUUUACUUGAAAGCCGCCAGGAAUUGCAUGGAGAAAGAUUCUGAUUAUGCCAAGAAUGAAAUCCAGCGCCUGCAGCGCAUGCUUGACAAGCGGGUGAACCCAGCGAAGGCAGACGAAUUUGCUCUGAAGAAAAACAUACUGUCGACAUUCGCGUGACAGAAGAGUGGCAUGCAUCAACCGACCGAAUUUAUUAAUGUUUUGGAAGAUUUCCGGGUGACGAACGAACACAUUCUCAUGUCAGCAUGUCGCUUUAUAACUCCCUUUAAUAAUGAUGACACAGACCAAACUGUGCAAGGUAUAACAUAAAGCUUUCAUCUGCGCAUGUUAUAACUUGAAACAUGAGAUAAAUAGAAAUUUUAUCUUGAUUUAUGUAAAAGGUACUUAUAAUUAUAAUUCCAAAUGAGCUAUAUAAGAGCGGCCAUCAACGACGCGCUAAUAUUCCAGCCCUUAUGAUUU